UAUUGUGAAUUGUAUAAAUAUUCUUUUAUAUUAACUGCCUUGGUUCCCCCCAACAAUGUAAACGUGCUCUAAACUUUGGGGGUAAUAUGCCACUCCCUGCCAUCGUAGAUUAAAAAACAAAAUUGCGUUACGUCAUCCACUAACAGAACAUUUGGAAUGGUUUUUGUACACGGAUGUGUUUAUGUGUUAAAUUGCGAUAAAUACAGCUGUUAAUAAUUAGAGUAUUACGAAUUGUUGAAAAUAUUUUUUUUGUUUGGGUACUUAAGAAACGUAUCCAGAGUGCAUACAAAUCAGCACAGAGUCGAAAAAUUCAAAAAUGUCCUCAGAGGAUGUUAUACAAAUUAAUCAGCCAGAAGAGCUUAGUUUCGAGAAGUGCCCAGAAAGUCAAGAAGAACUUAAGAAGAGGGAAUAUAUUGAGCAAUUGUUAUCUAAUGGAAAUGGUCAGAUUGAAUUAAACACUUUGAAAAAAUUGGCGCGGUCAGAUUACGGACUUGUAUCGGAUGACUUGCGGCGGAAAUUGUGGCCACUUCUGGCAGGAGUAGAUGUAACGGCACUAGAACCAGCUCCAAAAUUAAGUGAUUUGCAAACACAUCCUGAGUACAACCAGGUGGUUUUAGAUGUAAAUCGCUCUCUUAAACGUUUUCCACCCGGUAUACCCUACGAGCAACGUAUUGCACUACAGGAUCAACUGACAGUUCUUAUAUUACGUGUUAUAAAUAAGUAUCCAUAUUUACGCUAUUAUCAAGGAUAUCACGAUGUAGCGGUCACAUUUCUAUUAGUCGUCGGUGAAGAAGUAGCAUUUGCUGUCAUGGAAGAACUCUCAACCACACAUUUUUGUGAAUGUAUGCAGGAGACCAUGGACGCAACUCAGAAAAGGCUGAUGUUUAUUUGGCCUAUUGUUAAUUUUGAAAAUGCUACUCUCUUUCAAUUUCUUCAAAAGUCAGGUGUGGGUACUUUGUUUGCUUUACCAUGGUAUUUGACUUGGUUCGGCCACAGCUUAAAUUCCUACAAAGCUGUGGUGCGGCUAUAUGACUACUUUCUGGCGUCACCCAUAUAUUCUCCAAUCUUUGUAACUGCGGCCAUUAUACUGCACAGAUCCGAAGAAAUUCUUUUAGAGGAAUGUGACAUGGCAAUGAUCCAUUGUCUUCUUUCAAAGCUGCCGGACGAUUUGCCAUUCGAGAAUCUAUUGAAGAAGUCCAGCAAUUUGUAUGAGAAAUAUUCCCUGACCGUCAUUGAAAAGGAAGUGGAAAAAUUAAUCAAAUUAGAAAAACAACAAAGGCAACGCGAGGAGAAGGAAGCCAUUGACAGACGCAAACGACUAGCCCGUAACUCUCAGAGCAAAGGAAGCUAUCUUUUAAAUCAUUGGUUACCUCAAAUUUUGACUCCAAAGUCUUUCAUUGUGACAACUGCUUUUUCAAUACUUGUUGGUAUCUGUGCGUACUACUACAAGAGCCAAUACAUGACUACGGGAAUCAGUUGAGUGUAUCUGAAUUUACUGCAGCCGCCGACGACUACUUCGCUUCGGCAUGCAACAUUUCCAUAUUGUGGAUUAAUUGGAUUUUCGUUAUUUUAGUUUCUAGCGUAGGGGUGACGUUUAAACUACACUUCUCAUUUGCACAUUUUUCAAUUAAACCAUUAUAAGCAUUUAAAUUAAGUAAAUCGAUGAAUAGCGUAUUUUUUAACUGUUGUUGGUGUCGUCGGUGUUAAAUCUUUGUUUAAUGUGUCUUGGUGACAAUAGUUCACCAGGAAUCAAACAUCUAGCGUUUCGGAUAUGUUUUCAACUUACGAUAAACCAGCUCAUCUAUUCGUAGAAUGGAGGUAUACUAUUUAUUCUUUGUUCUUUUUUAUAUUAUUAGUCACAGAUUGGUUGAGCUACCCUAAUUUCGUAAAUGUGAUUCUAUUUUAAGCUGAACAUAGUUUUUAAAUGUUGUUUUUGUAGCCAAGAAAACAAUAUUCUUAUAAGUUUUGCAGUUGAUUUUAACUUAAUCGGUAAUAAGUGAGUUAUGUGAAUCGUUAGUAUAUUCACAUGAGAAAUUGGUACUGACAGGAAGUCAAUAUAUAUUAAUUUAUAAAAAUAAAACAUAUUAAAAAGUAA